AUGUCCUGGCUGAGAACUGAACACGUUCCAAAAUAUCCGGCGAGUACUGGGCCUUCUCUAAACGGCAAGGUGCGAUGCUGGGCGGCUGAAAUACAUUACCGCAUCCUCGAGCGAAACUGUCUGAUUCGAGGUGAGCUCCACCCCUUCCAGCUUCCCCGUCUUCCGCGCUGUCGGCCUCGCAACCUCGAGGCUGUCGACUGCUCUAUUCCUGUCCCCUUCAAGAGCACACUGGGCUAUCCCAAUCCGCUUCUGCGCCACCGCCGCAAUGCUAAUCGUGGCAAGCACAGGUCGUCAUGGGCAGACACGCCAACCCCGAUAUACGGCGCGCCUAUGCCGAGUUUCAAGACACUGACACACCGUGAAUCCAAAUGUAACAAAGUCCGCUGCCUUCACUGCGGCUACGUCCGCGCAAAGAAUACGACGCGUCAAAUUGAGCAUCUUCAAGAAUGCCAGGCCUAUUUGGCCACGCCCGAGGCCCAAGCCCACGUCGUUGCCCAGCAGCAGCAGCAGCAACAGCAACCACAUCAACAGCAUCAGGAGCCGCAGUCGCAGAAUGGAACGGCCCCAGGCCCAUCUCCCAUGAGCGCAGGUCCUAGCCAAAUUCUAAACGGUCAACAUCCCAACCCAAACCUUCAGGUCAACCGCCGCGGUCCGCAUUCGAAACGGGCUAGGGACGGUCAGCUUAUUGCGCCUAAUAUACCAAUAGCACCGCACUUUACUCCCUCCCUGACCUCACAUCUAUUGACCAUCUGUUCAGCACCGUUCGCCCAAGCCACCCAACAACCCUUCCUCUCACAUGCCGGUUGUGGCUCACUGGCAGUCGGGCCAUGUUCACAAUGGCUGGCUCAAGAUGCGCAUCUCGCCCGUGGCUACAUCCGCUUCAUAGGCCAGCUGCUGGCCAAGAUGCGGCUACCACCUACGCAAAACUCGCAGUUUCAUCCCAUGUACCGGACCAUGGAUCUUUUGAUCUCAGCGCUCAACAAUACAAGACGGGAGAUGCAGUUCUUCGAGAUCACGGCGACCAAGUAUGGGUUAGUCAUGGGCGGUGAGCCACCAUCGCCCAUUUCCAGAUCAAUCCUCGACAUGUUUGUGAGCGCCAGCAGUAGCAGCGCGUCACUACUCGAGGGCAUGGUUGUUCUUUGGAGCGCCCAGCAUUGCUACCGCUCCGCCUGGCAAUAUGCGCACUCGUUCAGCACCUCCCUCUCGACUCCCUCCAAUGAAGCCCACAUCGCCGCUCUCCACCAAGCCUUUAUCCCAAAUUGGACGUCUCCCGCCUUUUCCAAAUUUGUCGACGCAACGCGCGCCCUUGUCGACGAGCUAGCAAACAUAACUACCACUCGCGACGGCAAGGAGGAGAUGCAGCGCUGCGAAGAAGUUUUCAGACAGACCUGUUGGCUCCAACAGCGGUUUUGGCCCGUGGUGGAUGGCAUGGGCGAGGACAAUGAGAGUUCUAGGAUGGGGCCGCCGACAAUGGGACCAGAUCCGCGUGGGCCACCGCCGCACAAUGCCAUGAAUGGGCCUAUGACGCCCAGCAAUGCUAUGCCAGGGCCGAGCAUGGGUGGCAUGAGCAACAUGAAUAACAGCAUGAGUGUUCCCAUGCGAGGACCGAUGGCUGGGCCCAUGCCAAACCGCCCAGUCAACAAUGGACCUGUGAAUGGGCCCAGGAGCAACAAUGGACCCAUGACGGCGCCGAUGAACAGUGCUCCCCCCAGCGCGCCGAUGCAUAACGGUGCGCCCAACGCGCCCAUGCACAAUGGACCGCUCAAGGCGCCCAUGAUUAAUGGCCCGCCCAGCGCCCCAAAGAACGAUUCCAACAGCAGCGUCGAGAACACGGACAACGACAACGACAAUGAGAAUGAAAAUGAAAAUGAAAAUGACAACGACAACGACAACGAGCAUGACAAUGACAAUGAAGAAGACGACGAGGACGACGAGGACGAAGACAACGCCAUGGCAGACUCGGGCCAGACCUCGUAG